AUGCUCAGCCCCAUCGUCACUGAACAGCCACACAACCUUGGGGAGGAUGAGGGGGUGCUCGAGGUGCCAGGAGUCGCUGAAUCAUGGGUUCAGCGGAUAUAUAAGCUCGUCAUCGUGUCCAAUUCCCCACUCGAGAUGUCUCGGUAUCCAACAAAGGCAGAUCAUCUUUCGGAGAUCCUGGACCUUUAUCCCGAUGAAGAGAGAUGGUGUGCGGGGUAUGCGCCUUCAAAGGGUCGACGCUGUCACAACCCCAUAAGUGGCGCAAACCGAGUUUCGGCCGUGCGUCUACUCGAUGAAGGCAGUGGAAGAAUGAGACAGGGCGAAGACAUCGACGAUCUCCUGGUGGAUCUGGCGUCGCUUGUUCUCUGUCGCCAUGUUCAUCAGAAAGAUCAGAGGAGUCAGGUCCCGGCGCUUGUCAAGAAGUGGCAGGAUCGAAUCCGGAGCGUCAGUGAGGAUCUAGACAACGUGGAGGCUAUUGGUGCUCGACAAAAGGUCAAGCAUUUGGGCCUUUGCAGAGAGACAGACGAGGUUGAGAUGUUGAGGAGAUUGAAUAGAUCCUCAUUGUCUUCAAGACUUCAGCCUAGCUGGCAUGAGAAUUUGUCCCUCCAAUCUACUGUGGAGGCUUCGAAUUCCAGCAAGGGCGAGGGUGUCAUCGGCCGGAGUGUCUGGCAGUAUCAUCACAACCUCUUCACAGCAUGCAGUGUCGAUCAUGGAGCAGCCUGGGUCAUUCACUGCUCCUGCACCGAACCUUCGUGCUUCUACCUCAUCCUCACCGUCAGGCUCUCAGCCUUCAGGCUCUUUGCCAUCACGGCCUUCACCUCUAUCUCUUUCAACUUCAAACUCUUCACCCACUAUCCCCACCCCAAUGGUCAACCCCCGUGCUACUGUUGCUCCAGCUUCCAGCUCUCGCGCUUCAGCGACUACUUCGAUGUCGGCUUCUACUUCGGCUUCUACGUCCAUUACAACUUCCAUCACCUCACCUACAAGCGCCAGAGCAAGUCCAAAUCGUGCUACCACCUCUGGCUCUGGACAUACCGAAACGGCUUUCUCUCGCGGGCCAGCUCCUUCGCCGCGGGGAUUAGCUCUGUCAUCUCGCCAUAUAACUCACCGACUAUCACAGUUUCGACUUCCAGCUCCACAAUUACUGCUUCCCCCACAACUUCUACCUCUUCUCCAAGAGUUUCUGUCAGCAAUGUUGAGCCAGAGGCAUCAGCUUCAGGUCCCACAGGUGUUCCUGCGCGUCCCAGGACAGCCUCGACGACUGCUACGCCUGCUGCUUCAACCUCGGCUCCUACAACUCUAGCUUCUACAUCGACUACUACAGCGAGUGCUCGUGCGUCCUCUACGUCUAGUCCGACAUCUGCCCCAACAACUGCUCCUACAGUCCCAGCCCAAACAGCAACCGCAACCGCAAACGCUACUCCCGAACCAACCACAGCCACAUCUCAGCCUGACACUUCAUCUCCUGCCGUCGUCUUGCAACCUCCCCGGUCCUCCUCCUCAUCAAUCUCAUCAACAACAUCAGCCGUCUCAGCCCCUUCUCCACUCGUAUCAGAACCCGCCUACACGCCGACCCGCCAGCCCAUCACAGGUGACUGCUCCAUCUGCUAUGAGCCCCUCCUCCCCGACUCUCCUUUCACAACCCCGCGUCAAGCAGCCCGAGACCUGUCAAUCGUCUACUGCAAGCAGCAGUGCGGCACAAACUUCCACUUCAGUUGCCUGUUCACGUGGAAGAAGACGGCAUCACAGAUGGGCCGGAAGCCGAGUUGUCCUAUGUGUCGCGCUGCCUGGUCGUGAUCCUUUCAUCAAAGAUUACUUGGGCAAAAGCAAUGCUGGUUUGCGAAGUUUGACUGGAUUUUUAAGAUCAAGGAACAUGGUUUUAGGGCGUUUACCUGAUAUUAUGUCUUGGAUGGAAGGGUAUUGGCUACUAACUGUUAUUAUGAUUAUGGUUACGAGCAUGAAUAAAUGAACUGAUGCCUG